UGCGCCUAGCGGGGCGGUGGCGGAGCGGAGCCGGAGCGUGGCCGGAGCCGAGCGGAGAGCAGACCCAGCGCGCGGCGGAGACGCUGACCCCGCCCGGCCCCGCGCCGCCGCGGCAGGCCCGGCAUGGAGGAGGAGUGCCGGGUGCUCUCCAUUCAGAGCCACGUCGUCCGCGGCUACGUGGGCAACCGGGCGGCCACGUUCCCGCUGCAGUCACCUGCUCUCACUGCUGGAAGUGAACUUUCUAGACCUUGUGUUCGGGCUCUCUCGACACCAGAGCGCCACCCCUCCCCUCCCUUAACUGCUCUGCCCCCGGCGCCUCUGGAGAGGCUGGUGGCCCAGGUUUUGGGGUUUGAGGUCGAUGCAGUGAACUCUGUCCAGUUUUCAAACCACACAGGCUACUCGCACUGGAAGGGCCAAGUGCUGAACUCGGACGAGCUCCACGAGCUGUAUGACGGGCUGAAGCUGAACAACGUGAGCAAGUAUGACUACGUGCUCACGGGUUACACGCGAGACAAGUCCUUCCUGGCCAUGGUGGUGGACAUCGUGCGGGAGCUGAAGCAGCAGAGCCCCAGGCUCGUGUACGUGUGCGACCCCGUGAUGGGAGACAAGUGGAACGGAGAAGGCUCCAUGUACGUCCCCGAGGACCUCCUUCCGGUUUACAGGGAGAAGGUCGUGCCGGUUGCAGACAUCAUCACCCCCAACCAGUUUGAGGCUGAGUUGCUGAGCGGGAGAAAAAUCCACAGCCAGGAAGAAGCCUUAGCGGUGAUGGACGUGCUGCACGCGAUGGGCCCCGACACGGUGGUCAUCACGAGCUCGGACCUGCCGUCCCCGAGGGGCAGCAACUACUUGAUCGCGCUGGGGAGCCAGAGGACGCGGGCCCCCGACGGCUCCGUGGUGACACAGCGCAUCCGCAUGGAGAUGUGCAAGGUGGACGCGGUCUUCGUGGGCACCGGGGACCUCUUUGCCGCCAUGCUGUUGGCGUGGACGCACAAGCACCCCAACAACCUCAAGGUGGCCUGUGAGAAGACCGUGUCGGCCAUGCACCAUGUUCUGCAGCGGACCAUCAAGUGUGCAAAAGCCAGGGCUGGGGAAGGACUGAAGCCCAGCCCGGCCCAGCUGGAGCUGAGGAUGGUCCAGAGCAAGAAGGACAUCGAGAACCCAGAGAUCGUCGUCCAAGCCACGGUGCUGUGAGGGCCGCGCGAACCCGCCUCCUUAACGCCCAGCGUUAGGUGUCUCCGUUUCCGUCCUUGUGAAAAAUGUAAUGUCUGCCUUAGAGCUGUGACUGAAACUUGAUAUUUUUUUCUUCUUUCAUGAGUGUCCGGCAUCCACUGAUUUUCCUUGUGAAAAUGUGCUGGUCGUGCUUUUUAAAAAUAACAAAGCGAUCACAGAAAUUUGUAAUUCGGGACCCCAGCUCCCCUCCCACAAGGCUCCUGGAAAACCAGCUCCCGUGUUUACGUCUCGAGGGCGUCCUCCCCAGGCUGGCUUGGGAUACGUGGUGUACCCCCGUCCUUUGUGCAAGGCCCAGGGAGGCCCCUGUGUCUGCAUCUCUGAGAGCGAGUCGGGGGUUAGUGUUCAUGUCCA